UUCAUUUUCAGCUGGAGACUUAAAUGACACCAAGCAAAGCCUACUUAGUUUAGAAUUUCAGAAACUGGAUGGUGAAGAAGCAAGCAUGAAGUUUGCAGGUUUGCUUUGUUUCCUUCUGCUUAUCAUUUUUCAAACCGAUUUUGGACGAAAUGAAGAAAUGCCUAGGAAGCAACGGAGGAAGGUGUACUACGGGAGACCAAGGAAAAGCUCCUCGCCUGCCCGCAGGUCCAGUGGGCAGCUGGGGAUCCGGCAGGUGAUGGUCACACCGGCAGCAACAAUUCCUGUGCUUAACUUGGAUUACAGCACAGAGGAAAAGUCUGACUCCUUUUUAAGUUUUCUUGGAGUAGAAUCAAGUUAUAAUGUGUUACCAGGAAGGAAAGGACACUGUCUGGUUCAUGGGAUGACCAUGUACAACCAAGCGGUGUGGUCUCCUGAGCCGUGCACCACCUGCCUCUGCUCGAACGGAAGAGUGCUUUGUGACGAAACUAAGUGCCACCCUCCGACGUGCCCCCAAACAGUUACACCUGAAGGAGAGUGCUGCCCAGUCUGCUCUGAUGCUGCAACCUCCCGUCCGCUGCUCAGUGGUACAGCAUUAAGUGAUAGAAGUGAAUUUUCUGGUGAUUCUUCAGAACAAAGAGAACCUACCAAUGUACCUCGCAAGCAACUGCCACCUCGUCGGGUGGAAAUGGACCAAGUGUUGCAAAAAGAGGAACUUCAGUUUGAGGAGGAUGAAGAAGAAAGUAAAGAUAAAGAUAAGGAGCAAAAGAAAGAGACCCCUGGACCUGGAGAGCAGGGGAGACCUCUCAGUGAGGGGUGGAGCAGAGAAGAGGCAGAGGAGAGACCCCGAGCAGAGGGGAGGCAGGCCCAUCAACAAGGACAUCCAGCAAGGGAGGAGGCAGAGGAGGACGAGGACGACGAGGAGGGGGACGAGGAUGAGGAUGAGGAGCAUGACAGCACCCUCAGGGGAGACGUGUUCAGGGUACCCUCCAGACCUCUGGUCCUCCCUCCUCCCAGAGGCAUGCCACCUCUGCCCAGCGGGUGCUCCCUGUCCUACAGGACCAUCAGCUGCAUCAGCGCCGGCCUCACACAGAUGCCACGGCUGACAGCACCAGAGAUAACAAGCCUGGAGCUCGUUGGUAAUUCCAUCACCAGCAUUCCCGAUGGAGCAUUCAACGGACUGCCAAAUUUGGAAAGGCUCGAUCUGAGCAAAAACAACAUCACCUCGGCAGGCGUAGGUGCAAAAGCCUUCAAGCUUCUGAAGAAGUUAAUGCGCCUGAAUAUGGAUGGAAACAAUUUGGCAGAGAUUCCUUCAGAAUUACCAUCUGCAUUAGAAGAACUUAAAAUCAACGAGAACAGUCUGCAGGCUAUCAGUGAAGAAAGCUUAUCAGACCUGAAUCAACUAGUCACCCUAGAACUGGAAGGAAACAAGCUCAGUGAAACCAAUGUGAAUCCCUUGGCUUUCAAAUCUUUGAAGAACCUAUCCUACCUGCGUCUGGGAAGAAAUAAAUUCAGAAUUAUACCACAGGGUCUUCCUGCUUCUGUUGAGGAAUUAUACCUAGAAAAUAACCAAAUUGAAGAAAUAACUGAGAUCUGUUUCAACCACACCAGAAAAAUCAAUGUCAUUGUGCUACGUCAUAAUAAAAUUGAGGAAAACAGGAUUGCUCCUCUAGCCUGGAUAAAUCAAGAAAAUCUGGAGUCCAUCGACCUCUCCUACAACAAGCUCUACCACGUCCCUUCCUACCUGCCCAAGUCCCUGCUGCACCUCGUACUCCUUGGGAACCAGAUCGAGCGCAUCCCCGGCUAUGUGUUUGGCCACAUGGAGCCAGGCCUGGAGUACCUGUACCUGUCAUUUAACAGACUCUCUGAUGACGGAGUGGACCGAGUCUCCUUCUAUGGGGCUUAUCAUUCUCUGAGAGAGCUGUUUCUGGAUCACAAUGACUUAAAAUCUAUACCACCUGGAGUACGGGAAAUGAAAGCACUACAUUUUCUGAGGCUGAACAACAACAAGAUACGGAAUAUUCUUCCAGAACAAAUUUGCAAUGCUGAAGAAGAUGGUGAUUCGACCCUGGAGCAUCUUCAUCUUGAAAACAAUUAUAUUAAAACAAGAGAAAUAUCAUCCUAUGCAUUUGCAUGCAUAAGAUCAUACUCAAGUAUAGUUCUUAAACCACAAAAUAUUAAAUAAUUCCAGGUUUUUGUUCAUCACUUGGAACCUGCACUCCUAUAUUUGCUGCAGCAGCAUUUGUCAUUGAUAAGUGAGACCCCACCUGACUUGCCACCCCAUAGAGAAACAACCAAAACAUACCCCAAGUUUACUUCACCAGUUUUAGGGAAAGUUUCAGCCUCACACUCCAGAAAAAAAGCCCUUUAACUGCAAGGUUCCUUAGAGAACAGGAUUUUAUUCACUGUUGACUUAGACUGGGAAAAUCUGGAGCAAAAUAAGUAUGUCCUUUACAACUGUCCUGAGUAUUGCUAUCAGCCGAAACACUCAAAGUCCCUUUAAAAAUUGUGUGUGUUACGGUUCAAGACCGAGAAGUGUAUGAGAGAAAAAAAAAAUAGCUAGAAUUUAUGAAUUAGUGUUCUGUUAAUUAUCCUACUGUUAAAACAAUAAUCUACUCAUUUUCUAUAAGAUCCUAUACUAUAAUUAUUGUAUAAUAUACUUAGCGAUUGGCUUUGCUCUAAUUCCUCACAUGUGAAAUUAAAACACUACUGACAUGUAACUUCCUGGUUUUGAGACUUGUAGUAUGGUUACAUACUGGUUAUUAACAUUAUAGGAAGGUAUAUGUGAAUUCUACACUAUUUUUGAAACUUUUCUCCAAGUCUAAAAUUUCUGUGUCAGUCUAAAAAAUUUUAAGCACCCUCAUUAUUCUUUAUUCAAGAUCAAAAGAUUUUAUGGAAAGUAGUGGAGUUUGCUUAAAAUAUAUUAAUUGUCUGUGCUACAACCUUAUAAAUAUAAACCGAAGGCACACAUUUUUGAAAACUUUUGCUCCAUUGGUCAUUGUUAGCACCUACCUUCUUUGCCCUAACGUGCUCACAAGUAUCCUUUUAUUCAGUUCAAUUUAACAGAAAGCUCUUAGCAUUUACCAUGUACUAGAACCUACCAAAACCAU